UACUCUUGGUAUGAGUUGCCUUGUAACUAGUUCUGAUUUGGUUACCGUUUACUUGUCUGUUGAGCUUCAAAGCCUCCCUCUUUACAUCCUCGCCUGCUUGUACCGUGACUCUGAACCAGCCACUUCUGCCGCCCUGAAAUACUUCCUAAUUGGAGCCCUCUCAAGUUGCUUGUUCCUCCUUGGGAGUCUUGCGGUUCUUAUUAAGCUUCCUGCAGCUCCCUUUCAUUACUGGGCCCCUGAUGUCUAUGACGGGGUACCAACCUUGGUCACUUCUUGGCUAGCAAUUAUGCCUAAGGUUGCCUUACUAGCCUUCCUAGCCCUCUACCAGGGCUUAACCCAAAUAGGUGGGAUAGUGGUUACCGAACAUUCGUACGAUAAGCCACUUGGGGUUCUUGCUACUUGCUCUAGGGUUGGUUACUCCCCAGGGUCUGGAGGCCUAUCUCUUCUACCUUUUCCAGUACGUGGUUACCAGCUCCAACCUAUUCUUCGUCCUGCUAGUCAACCAAAACCGGAGAAAGACGAAGAAUCCUAUUGGCUAGAGGGAUUGAGUGUGAUGAGGACAGCCACUACCAAACCCUUGCUGAUAUCAUCUGAAUAUAACCGAAUCAGUUGUUUUCACUCGAACCCUGUCUUAGCGCUCAGCUUUGCAAUCUGCCUGUUCUCCAUGGCUGGUAUUCCUCCUUUAAUAGGCUUUUUUUGUGUCAUAUCUACUGGGUUUUAUCUUAGAGCGGGCUGUCUUGUCGGAGUCGGACCCGAAGCCUCUUCAUUCCAUGGUGAUUGCUACCUUGAGCCUUAUUAUCAUUCUGUUCCUAGCUUAUCCUUAUCCCUCAUUAAACUCCCUGCAUCUUAUUGCUCUUUCCUUUUACUUUUGGUAAUGAGUACUUUGAUUAUGUACUUCUGCUUUGUCCCCCUUUUCACCGCUACCUUAAUGGUGAUUAAUAACAGGGUAGGUGUUAAGAAGGGAGAUCCAGCCAAAGUAUCCCCUUAUGAGUGCGGGUUCGCGCCAGUGGGAACCAGUCGCCAAAAAUUCUCGGUAAGCUUCUUUCUUGUUGCUAUUCUUUUCUUAACCUUUGACCUUGAAAUCCUCUUUGUUUAUCCUUUUGCUAUGUCUCUGUGCCACCUCUCACUAUUAGGUUAUUGGGUAUUUAUAGUCUUUUCUCUGAUUCUAACUGUUGCCUUUGUGUACGAAUUAGGCAUAGGCGCUCUUAACUAUGCCACUAAAGCUUCUUCUUCUUCACUAACUUCUUCUCAAAAUUCUCCCCGAGACUCUAACCGAACCAAACAAGAGGCCAACAAGGAAAAUAGGUUCCCAAGAGUAACACGGUUUUCAGUAAGAAAACCAGGAGCGGCCCGAUCCUACGGGGGGCUACUUCUUGGAUACCUAUUUGGGAUAGUUUAUUACACUUGCCUUCAAGGUAGGGUUGCUCAAGAGAGCCUUAAGUCACAACAAGACAGGCUUUGGCUUACUACCUUGGCUUUAAUAAAGCUUCUUUCUGCAUAA